GGAUUCCUGAAGAAUGAAAAAGAUAAUGCGUUGCUGUCAGCCAUUGAAGAGUCCAGGAAGAGGACUUUUGCUAUGGCUGAGGAGUAUCACCGAGAAUCGAUGCUGGUUGAAUGGGAACAGGUGAAACAGAGAAUUCUUCAUACUCUGCUUGCAUCAGGGGAAGACGCUCUCGAUUUCACCCAGGAAAAUGAGCCUAGCUACGUUGAUGAGCUGGGCCCUCCAGGUCGCAGCUCUUUGGACAACGUGGAGAUGGUGUACGCCAGGCAGAUUUAUAUUUAUAACGAGAAGAUAGUGAAUGGACAUCUGCAGCCUAACCUGGUGGACCUUUGCAGUGCUGUUGCAGAACUGGAUGAUAAGAACGUCUCUGAGCUGUGGGCCAUGGUGAAACAAAUGACCGAUGUUACCCUGGUUCCCGCCAGCGACGCCUUGAAAGUCCGGACCAACAUGGAGGUGCGUAUGGAGUUUGUGCGGCAGGCUCUGCGCUACCUCGAGCAAAGUUACAAAAACUACACCUUUGUGACAGUCUUUGGAAACUUGCACCAGGCUCAGCUGGGUGGAGUCCCAGGGACCUACCAACUGGUCCGCAGCUUCUUGAACAUCAAACUCCCUGCGCCUGUCCCUGGUCUCCAGGACGGUGAGGUGGAAGGCCAUCCUGUCUGGGCACUGAUUUACUACUGCAUACGCUGUGGAGAUUUGACUGCAGCCAUGCAUGUGGUGAAACGGGCACAGCACCAGCUGGGAGAGUUUAAAACCUGGUUCCAGGAGUACAUGCACAGUAAGGACAGAAGACUGUCUCCCGCCACAGAAAAUAAACUGCGUCUUCAUUACAGACGAGCUCUGAGAAAUAACACUGACCCCUACAAAAGGGCUGUUUACUGUAUUAUUGGCCGUUGUGACAUCACAGAUAACCAGAGCGAAGUUGCUGACAAAACUGAAGAUUAUCUUUGGCUGAAACUGAACCAAGUGUGUUUUGAUGACGAUGGCGCAAGUUCUCCACAAGACCGACUAACAUUAUCACAGUUCCAGAAGCAGCUGCUAGAAGACUACGGCGAAUCACAUUUUGCAGUGAACCAGCAGCCUUUCCUCUACUUCCAAGUAUUGUUCUUGACAGCACAGUUUGAAGCUGCAAUCGCUUUUCUCUUCCGGACAGAGCGCUUGCGUUGUCAUGCUGUUCAUGUUGCUUUGGUCCUGUUUGAGUUAAAAUUGCUCCUGAAAUCUUCUGGGCAGAGUGCACAGCUAUUAAGCCACGAAGCUGGCGACCCUCCUGCUGUCAGGCGUCUAAACUUUGUGCGGCUCUUGAUGCUUUACACCCGUAAGUUUGAAUCGACGGAUCCGAGGGAAGCUCUGCAGUAUUUUUACUUUCUCAGGAAUGAGAAGGACAGCCAAGGAGAGAAUAUGUUCUUGCGUUGCAUUAGUGAACUAGUCAUUGAAAGCAGAGAGUUUGAUAUGAUUCUUGGAAAGCUGGAGAAUGAUGGUAGUAGGAAGCCUGGAGUGAUAGACAAGUUUACAAGCGACACCAAACCCAUAAUUAACAAAGUGGCUUCUGCAGCAGAAAAUAAAGGAUUGUUUGAAGAAGCUGCAAAACUCUAUGACCUUGCAAAGAACCCAGACAAAGUUUUAGAACUGAUGAACAAGCUCCUCAGUCCCAUCGUUCCCCAGAUCGGCACUCCCCAGUCAAACAAGGAGAGGCUGAAGAACAUGGCCCAUUCCAUCGCUGAGAGGUACAAAGCUCAGGGGAUAAGUGCAAAAAAAUCCAUUGACUCCACCUUCUACCUUCUGCUAGACUUAAUCACGUUUUUUGAUGAGUAUCACGCCGGUCACGUUGACAGAGCCUUUGAUAUUAUUGAACGCCUGAAGCUUGUACCUCUUAGCCAAGAUUGCGUGGAGGAGAGAGUUGCUGCCUUCCGGAAUUUCAGUGAUGAAAUAAGGCACAAUUUAUCUGAGGUCCUGCUUGCAACCAUGAACAUUUUAUUCACCCAGUAUAAGAGGAUGAAAGGCACAAGCCCAGCCACUCCUGCCAGACCCCAGCGGGUAAUGGAAGACAGAGAUUCGCAGCUUCGAGCUCAAGCGCGUGCGCUGAUCAAGUUUGCCGGAAUGAUCCCUUACAGGACGUCGGGAGACACGAACGCGAGGCUGGUGCAAAUGGAGGUCCUUAUGAAUUAGCGGAGAAGCUUUCGCGGGGGGCGGCAGCAGCCUGUGCCCAUCUUGAGGACACUCAGAGGGUGGGACCAGUAGCGUUUUGUAUUCUGUAUUUUUGUUGAUGGAAAUAAAUUCCUUUGAUUUCU